UGAGGUUUCAUUCAUAACUACAGUCUGUAUUUGAAGCCCAAAUUAAAGUAUGCAGAGGGAGCAGGCUGCAUGUGGAUCACCGCUUCACACGGACUCUACAGUCGGGCUGAGCACACACGAAGCAGAGAUGUGGGACAGUCCUGAUCGGAGGGUUUUCGGAGGAGAGAGGGAGAUGCUGCUGCUGAUGCUGAGGCUGCUGCUGCUGAGCGGCUGCAGCGGCUCCCUGUAGUCUGCAGAGCGGAGGGACGCUGCUGCAACACCACCUGUUUCACCGGUUCACUCACGCUGACCUGGACCAUGAGCAAUGAUUUGCCUUUUCUGACAAGUCUGACUGAGAACUCCACUGAUGUGCCUGUGUCAGCGGGCCAGGUGGAGAACUAUGUGCUGCUGCUGGUGCUGCUGAGUGUUUUUGCGGGGGGGACGCUGGUGCUGCUCUCCCUGCUGCUCCUCUUCUGCCACUGCUGCUGCAUGGGCGGCCGCCGCUACUCCAGAGCGAGCGAUGACCCUGAGAAGACAAACACGACUUAUGCUGAGGAUUCUCAGCCCACCCAAGAGAUCACCAUUCAUCUGGAUGAAUCAGACGCUCUCUCAGCUGCCAGCUGUCACGAUGGGGAGUCGGAGCGAUUUGUCUCCACUGGGUCCACUGGCCGCAGAGUCUCCUUUAAUGAAUCUGCACUUUACGAACAGGAGAAGACGACCCAGGACAAAGGACGCAGAUACACUCUGACAGAGGGAGACUUCCACCACCUGAAGAAGGCCCGGCUGACUCACCUCCACCUGCCUCCGUCACCAUGUGACCUGAAGAUCCUCACCAUCAUGGAGUGUGACUCCACGGAAAGCAGCACCGUCAACAUCAAUGAGACCGCAUCCCCCAAACUGCCCCUCGCCAUCUACCAGCCCAAUGAGAGGAGAGUCCCCGACUGGGUGGGACAGAGCCCCAGUGGAGGUCUUCCAGGAGACCCGCACCACUCCACCAUCCUGGACCAGAGCCUCAGACAGAUGGAGGCUCUCAGGGACAGGGCAGAGGCUGAGAGCGAAAGGGGGAUGAGAGGAGAGUUGACUCAAGCUACAGGCCAGACUUCAGUUCUGCAUUUCUUCUCUAAACUGCGGCGCCAUGCCAGUCUGGAGGGAGCAGGGCCCUACUUCAGGAAGUGGAAGUUUGACAGCAGUCACCGGGCUGCCAGCCUGGAUGCCAAAGGAUCGCCCAAGAGAAGGCCCUUCCAGAGGCAGAGAGCAGCAAGUGAAACCACGGAUCACACCGAAAACGACUCUUCAUCUCUCAGAGACGAGGUCAUGGACUCUUUCCCACAGUCCCCUAUCCAGACCAGUGGUCUCCAGUCCCUCUCUGCAGAGUCUCUGUCUCAUUCCGACACAGCACCCAUGUCCUCGGUCUUCCUCAGCAGGGUAACACUGGAGGACAUGGUGGAGGUAGGUGGCAGCAGCGGCAGAAGAGAGGAUCUCUGUUCGCAAACAAAUGAGAGUUACGCGCCGAGGCAAGAGGAGACCACAGUGAAUGGGACAGAAGAAGAAACACAGUUUGGUGCGGUUAUAGAGACAGAAGCAGCAGGGGACAAGACAGAAGCAGCAGGGGACGAACAAGAAUCGGUAGAUGACUUGUUUGGUGCAGGAGCUGCUGUACAGGGACGAUCUGAAGACAUGUUUGGAGCAACUAAAGACACAAAGACAUCAGAUGUGAGGAAGAAGAGCGAGGCCGAGGUUGAUGACGGAGAUGAGAUGGUGUUUGGAGCUGAGGCCAGACGAAGGACCGACUCGGGCUCAUCCAUUUCCUUCAUGAUUCGCCAGGAGAGCUCGGAGGCGCCUCCCUCCCUGUACAGAGACAUUUGGAGCCUGCGAGCCUCUCUAGAACAAUACGCCUCCUCAGACCACAGCAGCACAGACCGGGAGUCGAUCCGCAGUGAUGCCGACAGCAGCUCGUCCUUUGGGGGUGCAGGAGCUCCCUAUGGCCUGGACAGCUGCUUGUCCCAAGACCUGGACGAUGAGCAUGAGGGAGAAGGGGACAGAGGGAUGAUGGAGGGUGGGAUCCGAGGAGCGUCAGGUGGGGACAGUGAGGUGGGGAGUGGAGCUGGAGGAGAGAGCGAGGCAGGGAACCGGAAGCUCCUCCAGAUGGACAGCGGUUACACUUCCAUUGAAGCACCAUCAAGACACCCUGAGGAAAUGCGCUUGUUUGGGACUCCGGGAACUUCUAGAGGGAAGACGGCAUCUGAGAGAAGGUUGUUCUUCACCAACUCGGGGAGGAAAGGCUCAGUGUGCGAGAGCAUCGAGGCCAGGCUGUUCCAGGAGGAGCUGGAGGAUGAUGCGGCCAACAGAGCGGAGACAGAGGGGAAACGAAAGGCGAGAUCUCAAACUCGAAAGCAGUCGGUCACCCUUCAAGAACCAUCUCAGCUUUUGAAAUCACUUCACCCUCAGAAACUUUCAGAAUCACAACCCCAGUUAAUGUCUCCGCUGAUCAAGCAGAUCCCACAAUCCUCUAGUCCUCACAAACCUCGACUCCGCCGCCGCGACUACAGCAUUGACGAGAAGACGGAUGCUCUUUUCAACGAGUUCCUCCGCCAUGAUCCGCGCUUUGACCAGCAGGAUUCUCCGCUGCGCUCCAGGCACCGGUCCAGAGUUCACCUCCGCAAACAGUGGCAGAGACACAAGCAAUAUAGCGACCCAGGGUCAGGCGCUGGGGGUAGGUACUCCCCAUCUUUGGAGAGGCAGAGGUUCACUCCACUGAGGAGAGGUGACAGUGCCAGUUACCCUCUGGACAUGAGGUAUCACAGCACACUCUCACGCAUUGCGAGCGCCGCUGAUGAAGAAGCCAGCGAGGUUGCAGCCUGUGAGGAAGCAGCGAAUGAGAGCACAGAGAACAAAGAUCUGUCCAGUGAAGGAGCCGCAGGGGACGAUGCAGUGAGUAAAGCCCAUACAACCUCAGAAGGCACUGAUGUGACAGAGAGCCGCUGUGAGUCGACUGCUGAGGGCAACCAGGCCUCUACAAGAAAAGGCACAGAAAGCACAACUAGCCAGUCUGUGAGCACGGUGACGACACAGACGAGCCACAUGGAUCCCAGAGCCGUCAACAGAAACAACAACAGCAGUCAAGCCAUUCUUUCAGAGAGCAGCCUGGCAGACAAGCUGGCUGUGUCGGUGGAGGAGAGGCUGUACGGCGGCCUGCGCUCUGCGGAGAAGCUCGGCCAGGGAGCAAAAGAGCGAGCGCUCACCAUCUCUCACACAGCCUCCCCUGGCUUCAGCCCCAUAUAACCGGUAAACAAUAACAUCUACUUUUUAACUUGUAUUGCAUAUCAUCUCAAGAUGACAGACUGGAAAAUUGUCUAACGCACUUUGAACGUCAUCAUGUGUUAGAUACUUGUUCAAUCUAUGGACAAUUUAGGAAAAUCUUCAAGAACACAGCGAUAUCCCGAGGGAGGGAAGUUUACUUAUUUAUUUGAAGGCCAGUCUCUACCCGCAUUUCCAUUCAGACCUUUAUUUCCACUGACGCUAUGUGACGCACCCUUUUUCUUUAUUGGUAUCCAUUCCUAAAAUCAAAUGCAUUCAUUACAUAGCUUUGAAAUAUAGACCCAUCUUUAGAAAAUGUAAUAUUUUUACCUGUGACUUUUUAGCAUGCUACUCUAUGUCCAAACAAUGUGUAUGUGGAUACUGUACAGUGUUAUCUUCAAAACAAAAGCACUUUGAUGGGAAGAAAGAUCAUGAUGGAGUUUCCGUCACCCGUUUCCUCUCAUUUUAAAACCAUAACCGCAAGUGUCCUUCUUGUCGGUUUCUGUAUUUGGCGAUAAGAAGAAUACCGACCAUGUUAAAAAAACGAAAUCAUUACAGUAAUUCAGUGGUCUUUCAUUAACACCAUAUCAGCAGAUCUGGAGAAUACACGUUCUAUAUCUUAAUUAAAAACAGAUGGGAGACCCAGACUAUAAUGCCAACAGUGAAAAUAUGUGCAUCCAGAAUUUUUUUACCCAUAUUUAAUCUAUUUUUAUAGAAUUGUGGUUAGUCUUUUUCAUUAUUUAUCAUAAUUAAGGAGGCGGUAUCCAGGAGCUUCCGUGGGCUUGAGCAAAGUGUUGCUUCACUGCUGAGACUCGGGGAGGGAAGACUGACAGAUGAUACUAACGGGGACACAGGAGCCUCUCAGGCCUGGAGACAGCUGGUCCAGUGACAGAGAGUUGAGGUUGUGAAAGAAGAGGCUGAAACUAAGUAGCAGUGUCAUGGGACUAUUUACUCCGUGUUACUAAAUGAAACAUAAGUCUGGUGAUAUCCUAUGUUGGUCUUAUUGUCAACAAAUGCCACAAAAAGACAACAUUAACUAAUUCAUCCUACUAUCAGGUUAUGCAGCCAAUGUCUGAUAGAGAUUAUUCCUUUUCAAAUAAUAAAUGUUGGGCCACAUUUCUGGAUUGAGUGUCAUUCUUCAUUUCUUAUACACCGCCAUAUUAAGUUACUUUUGAAUGAAUCACAUACAUGAUAAAUAUGAACUAUAGCACAAAUUGUUUCUCCAAAAUUGCACUAUAAAGCCUCAUUCAAGUAACGUUAGCUUAGAACCAAAGGGCCCAAAAUAAUUAAACAUUUAAAAUAUAAAUAAAAUAUGCGUCAUCCAUUUCUAAAGAAUUGUCCUCAAUGGUAAAACAAUGGGCUGAGAGCCACUAGGCUAGGGAAGAGAGACAUUGAAACUCUGCUGGUUUUGUUUUUCUGUUGACAUUAAGAAAAAGAUAGAAUACUAGCAACUCUAGCCUCUAGGUAAUACUCUGAUAUUAUGUCUUGACAUGGUAAAAUCACAGGGUGAAUAGCUUUCUCUCUACUCUCUCUCUGCCAGUAUGGAUGUCAAAUGUAAUUAUUCGUUUUGCAUUCAUGUCAAAUUGCAUCUCUUCAACAUGAGAACAUGUCACCUGGGAAACUGAGAGUAGGCACAGCUUGUCCCUUUUUCACACAGACCUGGGUUACAGUACAUGUAUGUAAUACAACUCUUGUCUCUGUCCUCAUUCAUGCUGAACCAUCUGCUUAACUGUAAAACAAGUAGUGCAGAAAAUUCAAAUGUAUCUCAGGCUUGACAAAGGCCAGACCAUGUGGGACCAUCUGAGGCACAAACAUUUUGGACUGAACACUUUUCUGAAUUAAAAAAAGUGGAAAAAAGUGA